GGUGUGGUCUCUCCCACCCCACGGAGCCGGGCGGCAGCUCCUGGAGUGGCCCACGCAGUCGGCGACCAGCACCCGGCCGGGAAAGGCACUUGAGGGCAGCGAGAUGGAAUCCGAGAGAGAAAUCAUAGACCUGCAGCCCGGGACCCCCAGCCCGCAGCAGCGCGUGCCCGUCAACCUGAACCACUAUGCCACCAAGAAGAGCGUGGCCGAGAGCAUGCUGGACGUGGCCCUGUUCCUGUCCAAUGCCACGAGGCUGAAGGCGCUGCUGGAGCAGGGGCCGGCCGCCCCCUACUACACGGUCCUCAUCGUGCUGCUCAGCGCCUCCCUGCUCCUGCAGGUGGCCAUCGGAGUCCUCCUCGUGGUCAUCGCUCGACUGAACCUCAACGAGGUGGAGAAACAGUGGAGGCUGAACCGGCUCAACAACGCUGCCACCACCUUGGUCUUCAUCGCAGUUGUCAUCAAUGUCUUCAUCACGGCCUUCGGGGCACAUAAGACGGGGCUCCCUGCAGCCAGGACCUCACGGAAUCCCCUCUGAGCCCCAAGCUGGGAGCAGGGACGGUUCCGGGUCUGGAGGCUGGAGCUCAGACAGAGGGACCGCUGGACCUUCCUGUGCCCCCAAGUGCCCAUUGACAGAGGGGCCCCCUGGAGCCCUGACCCGGCUCGUCCCACCCUCCUCCAAUGCCCCAGGCCUGUCUUCCCUUAAGAGAACUGAGUUCUCUCCAUAAAGG